GUAAUGCCAAAUCGCAGACAUCCAAUGUCCCACAAUCCUCAUCGCCGCCGAAGGUGACAGGGGACAGAAAAAAUGGCAACUGCGUACCUUACUCACCACCAAAAAGUCUUGAGGCUGUACAAAAAAUCCUUGAGGCACCUUGAAUCAUGGUGUAUUUUUAGGGAUAAAUACCGCUUUUACGCGUGUAUGAUGAGGGCACGCUUCGACGAGGCCAAGGAUGAGAAGGACAUGGUCAAAGCCACUAUGAUGCUGAAGGCAGGAGAGGAGGAAUUCUGGUCUAACCAACACCCCCAGCCUUACCUAUUCCCUGACUCUCCCGGAGGAACUUCCUAUGAAAGAUAUGAAAUGUACAAGGUCCCCGAAUGGUGUCUAGAUCACUGGCAUCCGUCAGAGAAGGCCAUGUAUCCUGACUACUUUGCCAAGAGGGAGCAGUGGAAGAAGCUGCGAGAACAGAGCUGGGCAGGAGAGGUUCAGCAGCUGCAGGAAGAGACCCCUGCCAUUGGGCCCAAGACAGAGGCCCUGCCCCCGGCCCGCAAGGACGGUGACCUCCCCCCUCUGUGGUGGCAGUACGUCACCCGCCCCAGGGAGCGCCCCGUCUAAGAGCCCCCGGAUGACACUACCUGGUGAUAACUCCAUAGUGGCACAUGGCAGCUCACCACGGUACCUACUACCACAACAGCAUGCAGAUUCACCUCCUGGUGAAUUACUAUCCAUCUGUGAAGAUAAUUAUAUAAUGGAGUCGUUUUGGAAGAUGUUGCAGUAUGUUUUGUCAAAAGAUAUUCCACCCUGCCUGAAUGACUUUCAAAUGUACUUUUCCUGUACAAGGACAUCUGUUUAAAUAAAUAUGAGUAUCAUU